UUUUAAAUAUCGCAUGUCAAUAUUUGAAUGUUUAUAAAUCUAAACGAGUGUACAUUGCAUUUAAUAUGUUUAUCUGUUACUGCGAAGUUCACGCAAUCCUCGUUCAUAGUUUCGAGACAAGGAAGUGUAUCGAUAAUCGUCUGUGUUGGGUACUACUUUCGAUUUGAAAACAAAACUUGCCUUAAAUUCAACAGUAGGGUUUUACUGAUUAAUUACUUAUUACCAAUUGUUAAUACGGAAAACAGACAGACACAAAUAUGAGUGGCGCAGUUGUAGUUGCGGCGAUAGAUUUCGGCACCACAUACUCCGGCUGGGCUUUCUCGUUCAAACACGAGUUCGAAUCUGACCCCUUAAAGAUCUCGGCCAAACAGUGGAUUGGGGGAAGUUUGCUUUCUUCAAAAGGGCCCACAUGCGUGCUCAUCAAACCGGACGGAAAGUCCCUGGAGGCGUUCGGGUACGACGCGGAAUCCAAGUACGCCGACCUGGCUGAGACGCAUGCGCACAAGCAGUGGUACUACUUUAAACGCUUCAAGAUGGAGCUCUACAGCAAAGGAGGGGGUGUCAAACGGGACGUAAAAAUCAAAGACGCUACUGAUAAGGAACUUUCGGCAAUUAUAGUUUUCAGUCUGGCAAUACGAUUUCUCAAAGAUGACGUUAUGAACAUGUCCCGUCAGCGCCUGAAGGAUGGCGGGGUGACGGACGCGGACGUGCACUGGGUGCUCACUGUGCCCGCCAUCUGGGACGACGCCGCCAAGCAAUUCAUGCGGGAGGCAGCAGAGAAGGCUGGAAUUGCAGGAAACCAACUUAGCAUUGCCCUCGAACCGGAAGCAGCUUCACUAUAUUGUCGUCAUCUGCCGGUGGAAAGGAACACGGGAGAUAAUUCUGUAUCGCUUGCUUCUUUUAAGGCAGGCAAAAAGUACUUGGUCCUCGAUUGCGGAGGUGGCACUGUCGACGUCACUGUGCACGAGGUGACAGCAAGCGGUGACCUCAAGGAACUUCACAAAGCUAGUGGCGGCGGGUGGGGAGGGACAAAAGUGGACGAUGAAUACUUCAAAUUCCUCCAGAAACUUAUUGGUGCGCCCGUGAUGCGCAAGUUUAUAGACAAGCAUAUGGAGGACUAUAUCGACAUGUUCCGCGACUUUGAGAUCAAAAAGCGGGACAUAGCGCCCUCCAAGAAGGACCUCAUCACAGUGCGCAUGCCCGCUGCGCUGCUCGACGAGUAUCAGGAGGAGACGGACGAGACGCUGAAAGACGCGCUGCCGUCAACGACGUACGCCGGGAAGAUUACUAUGACCGGUGACAAGAUGCGCGUGGAUGUUUCUGUAUUCAAGCUGUUCUUUAAGGACGCGCUCGAGCACAUCGUCGAGCACAUCGGAAAUCUCAUGAGGCGACCGGAAGUGCAGGGUUGCGCCGCCAUCGUUAUGGUCGGCGGCUUCUCCGAGUCCCCGAUGCUGCAGGAAGAGGUACGCCGGAAGUUCCCAAGCACACAGGUCAUCGUUCCCAUGGAUGCGGGCUUAGCGGUCCUUAAAGGCGCAGUAAUAUUUGGUCACCGUCCUAACAUUAUCACUCAGCGAGUCAGCAAGUAUACGUACGGCGUUUCUUGUGCACAAGUAUACUCGUCUGACCGCCAUCCAGUACACAGAAAAUACACUGAUAAAGACGGCAUUGAUCAUGUUGACAAUGUAUUUAGCGUUCAUGUGAAAGCAGGUCAGGUCUUGGGCAACAACGAGGUCCAGUCGACAGAAAAAUACAGCGUCCACCAUUCUGACCAGGAUGGUAUGACGAUUCAGUUCUACUACACGCCUAGUGAGAACCCAAAAUAUGUGGAUGAGGGUGAUUGUAAGAAACUGGGUCAGAUGCAGGUUGAUGUUCCGGGACACGGGAAGGACCGGAGCGCCGAGGUGAGCUUACAGUUCGGGAAGACCGAGAUUGAGGCAAGCGUGAAGAUUAUACACACAGGCGUCGUUUCCAAGGCAAAGCUGAACUUCCUUGGUUGACGUUUGCUUCGAACAUGAGAGUGUUUUAGUAUAAACGUUUUGCGGUCAAUGCAAUUUUUAGAAAAUACGGCGAAAUGUUUUUGCAUCCAUUCAGUAGUCAGUUACACCGUUAUUUUUUUAUUUUCCGUUAUAAUGUAGGCACAUUUUACAUUUGACUCUGUUUAGUCCACAAAACAAACUUCCGAACCUGUGCAUGAAAACAAUGCCGAUUAGUGUAUUUAUAGUAUUAUCGAUUUUUUAACUGUAUUGUCUUCUUGACUUGACCAAUAUCAAAAUGAACAAAUGAUCUGGGGACCGUUUCAAUAAACAUCGUAAUACACAUUUACGGUACGAUACAUUUUUCGAAGAAACAUAAUUGCUUAAGUUCAUAUUAUAUGAUUAUAAAUCUCAGUACUUAAUUAAUGACAUUUUCAUCUCAAGCGCCGUAUAUAUUUUACGAGCAUGGCGAGCUAGUUCGUCUACUUAUUAAGAUUACAAAAUUCUCUUGUAAGUUAAAAUUGUCGUACGAUCGUUUAUGAAACGCCCCCUGCAUCUUAUAGAAGAAUUAAAGUUGGCGCAAAACAUAAGCUUUCUAAUGUUUAGCAAGAAAAAAAAGUAUGGCUUGCCUGUCGUUUAUAGUAAAUAUUUGCGCUACCCCUAAUUGUGGUAGUCCAUGUGUACAUAUGCGAUGAUUCGUUUCGUAGUUUUCUCUUUGGUACACAUCAGAUAUUGUUUACAUAGGUUAUUUGUUGCCGUUAAUGUUAUUGUUGUUUGUGCUUUCUUUAUGUUAUAAUCUACACAUCUAAAAUAAUUAUAAUUGUUCCUCCAUCACAAAACUACACUUCUAUACUAAACGCUCGUACACGCUUAAUCAGUUGUAAGUUUUGCUUAGUAGAAUCGAUCCUGUAUAUAUCUCUCGGAAAUCAGCAGCAACAUGGCUUAAUGAUUUUAAUAAUAUAACCGGGCAGUACCCGGCUCAAAACAACCCGAAUAUAUGAUUUCUUGUAUAUUUAUACGAUUUCCAUGUCACUGAAACAUAUUAUAAACAUGGUAUCAGACAUUACGUCAAUAUAUGCAAAGUAACAUAUAUAUAAAACAUAUCAUGUUUGGCCUUUAACAAGUUACAAUGAAAUAUAAAUAAAAGAUCUGGUAACAUGUCAAAAUGGUACAUAUACAACAUAAACAUACAAAUACAUUAUAUCUCAACUCUUUCUCGUUCUCGCUUACCAUUCGAGGAAUGUGUACAGAACUCUCUCUCUAAAAUCAAUCUCUGCGGAUACUGUGCUUAUGCUGCAAAUAAGAUUAUAAAUGUGAAGAGUAUGGGAAACUGUGAAUUAUAGGACUCGUUAGCACGUUAGAAUGACAAUGCUGCUUUUCUGAAUUUAACCUCAUUACUUAUCAAAUUAUAUCAACUCACAACAUAAAUACAACUCAAUGCAAAUACAAGAAAGAGUAAAUGCAAAAGGUAGAAAUAGAACUAACCUUAUUUACCUUAUUUUGAAGUAAUGGAAACUCUUGAAGGUAGAUCUGAACAAGUCAGUGGCCAAGUGGAAAGUGACCAGAAGACAAAGGCAAGAGCGGAAAAACUCACUGGUCAAGCACGACUUAACAUUUACCUAACCUUAACAUAAUCACAUGCUUGACUGACUUUAAAUAAUUAGACUGGUCACAGGAUAACAGCUUAAUAAAUAAACCAUGUUAACAUAAUGAGAUAAAGGGAAAUAAUUACAUUAAAACAGAACGAAAGAACAUAAUAAUUGAAAUGAAUGUUUUAACCCGGUUACAAUAAUACAACGAUAAUACAACAAUGCCAUAUCUAGACAAUGUUUCCUUUUCAACUGAAUUUUAUCCCAUCUUCACCGCGACAUUGACGGUAUAUCACCCCAUGGAAUAGACUAGCCUCUAUCCCACCUUGUUGAAUAAACCUUUCGCGUGCACGGACUACUUUUCAAAUGAAUAAACAAACACUCAUUA